GAUGAUUUCAGGGUGUACCCUAUUUUUUGCACUGGUCUCUGUUUUUGAUCUUCUGUCCUUAAUGGGAACCAUGCAGCAGUUGUUUUCAGUGCUUUUCUUUUUGCUAUUAUCCUUUUUCAGCCUGACUCCUGCCACUCCUAGCUCAGACAGCAACCUCAGCUCCUCACCAAGGAAGCCCACACCAUUAGUCACUCCACCUGAGCAUGUGUCCUUACUCUUUGAGCCGGACUCCACGGACAGUGUUCCUCCAUCAGUGACAUCCACGCCUGACAGCCGGCCGCUCUCUUUCCCUGAUGCUCCAACCACUCUCUUGGACACCAGUGCACUCCGCUCCAGAGCCCAGCUGGGUAAGAAACGAGGCCCACGUUCACGACCAACCAGAGCUGCUCAUCAGAGCACUGCACAGGCUCUGCUUGGAGAGGAAGGGGGAGGAGCCACUGAGGACUGGCGCUUCAGAGACUCCACAGAGGACCGGGUUGGGAUGAAGGACAAUGAUUCUGAUGCUGAGGAGGACAGAGCAGUGGAUGUCGGCUCUUCUGUUGUGUCUCAACCCCAGAGGAUUCCGCUGUUCCCGGGGAUGGACCCUUCAGCAUUGAAGGCUCAGCUGAAGAAGAGGGGAGAUUCUGACAGUCAGACAGAUGGUCCAGUUCCGUCCUCCUCUCAGCUGUCUCACUCUCCUAAGUCCCCUUUCCUUGCGCGGGCAGCACGGGUCCUGCCCCCGCCUGGUGGGAGAGAAAAUGGGGACGAGGAUUCACCGCAGUGGCUCAAACAGCUGAAGUCCAAGAAGCGUUUGAGUCAGUAUGAAGCUGAAAGUUAAGUCAAUAAAGAGGUUGCCUUAAGAUGAACCUGGAUGAAACAGAAGCCUUAAUCUUUGACCUGGAGGGUGAACCUACUGCUGCUGACAUAUUUUCUAUUUUACUUUGCUCUUGUCCCGUCUGGGUCGAUUAAAUGUGCAUGGUGCCUUUUCGGUGGUGAGUCUCUGUCUUACGGAGGAAGAAGAUGAGCGAGGAGGAAACAGACACUUGACGCUCUGCUUAUCCGUUUCAUGCUUGGUCUUCUGCACCAGGAGGGUUUGGGUUCAACUUUAAAGGGACCACAUGUGUAAAAAAGGAGAAAUUCUUGGCAGAUGUCGAGCUGCAUUUCAGGACUAAUGGGACCACGAGGCCUUUAAUCCUGAAAGAGGACAAUCCCAGUCUCUGUCGCACAUCCUCCCUUUGCUAGUACUGUAUGUACGUGUGCAUUAGCCACCAGUGUGUUGUAAAUUAGUGGCGCUGCAGGAGCGUUGCCAUAGGAUACAUUUCAGAUGCUAAUGAUUUGCUUCCUGGAUGACAGAGAACAAACUGCUCAGUGAGACGCUGUGCUCAUCGGGGGAAUCAGGGAUGGUUAGUUUCUGUGUUUUAGAUUUAAUGGAGCACUACUUUUGGAAACACAUUUGUCACUAUAAUACUGGCUGCAGAUCUUCUUUUGAUACACUCCACAACUUCAGGAUGUGGCGUGGCGCCGGCGUGUGCUAACCAGACUUAACUUCAGGGUGACAGCUGCUACAUUGGUCAUUUUGUGUAAAGCCCCUUUCAGACAGUUGAGUGUGUGCACAGUUUGUGUUUCGCUGACAGAGACGACCUGACGCUAAUGCUAACACUAACAUCCUGUUACACACACAUUCAGACACUUUAAUGCUGCCACGGCACUUCAGAGUCACGUCCCAAACACAGAGAAACAACCGCAGAAACCCAGCUUCAGGUCUGGACCUUGAACAGGAACUCUGGGUUUGAGUCUCAGCUGGGUUUCCCUGGCAGUUUGCAAUAUUUCAGAAUGUUUAUUGAAAAAAACGAGUAAAGUUGGAAUGAGGGGGUGGUGACCAAGUGGUUAAUGCACUUGGUUUCAGUGCAGAAGGUUUCUGCCGCAUUUCUCCAUGUACUGUGGAGUUGUGUCAGGAAGGACAUCUGGUGUAAAACUUGUGCCAAAUUAACAUGCAAACCCACCUCCGAUCUGCUGUGAUGAUCUCGAGUGCAAACAGGGGAGCAGCCGAAGGGACGUUACCUUUAGUAAAGUUGAAUGAAAUGACAGCGUUUCCGUCGACUGGUGGAACGUGACCGCUGGGUUUUAUCAUCUUACGAUAACCGUGAUUCUAGUAGUAAUGGUGAAAAUCAGUGUUCCUGCUAUAUAUUCCCAUUUCACGGAUUUUUAAUUUUUAUCCAGUAUUGGUAUAACAUCAUCUCACUGAACAAACUCUGUCUUACUUCAUCGCCCCGUACUGGGUCAUGUAUUUCAUGUCAUGUGACUCUUUCUGUACGUCAUGUGACCGAUAAUCAGUGUUUCCAUUGCAUUUUUUUGAAGUACGGCUUUUUCAAAUCCCCUGAAUCGCAUGAUGUGAUUUACCUCAUGCGAGUGUGAAAACUUUCUUUGUGAUAUUUGAGUUUUUUCUAAAUACACGUGUUUGCAUAAAGCAUGUUUUCAGUUCUUUAUCUGAAAUUGUGCAUCUGAGCGAAUCAUGUAAACACAUACAUUGCCAUAACCAUGACUAGCAAGAACGUGAGCCGCGAUCUGAUGAGAAGAGCGGGGAAAUCUGUGGCCUCAGUCUGGUUUUGUGCAGGUCCAACAGGGUCCAGGUCUUCAUAGCCCCAGAAGAGUCCCGCGGAGAGGAGGUGGUGAUGUUAACAGUGUUUAGGACGUAAAUAAGAUUUGUGUGUCUGAAAAGGGCUUUAAGAUGACUUUUGACCAAGUGGCUUUCUGUUAGUCAAACACACUCCUUAUCAGGACACACCCACUCACAGACGGAGAGAAGCCACGCCUCCACAGCCCAACUGCAGCUUUCCCCUCAAACCAACGUGCAGUGUUCCCUCUGUUGUCUGCGUCACGUGCGCGCUCUUUGCUCUCGGACAUUCCUGCACGUGUUCUGAAUCACAGCAGCGCUCCACAGAGAGCGUCCUGCUGCAAAAACACUCCAGAGACGACCGUCGCUCUGAGCGACUCCCCAAUAAAUUAACCGAACAUUUACAAUCCCCUGACUGCCACUGGGCGGCCUUUAAUAAAAUGAAGAAAAAUUUGGGCUGUUAUGGACAAUAAUACUGAUCCAGCCAACAACAAAAAAAGAAAGUCAAAAAUCAACCACCUGAUGGAGGAAAUGGAUUAAAAUGUCUCUCUGAUCUGUGAACAUGGUUACAAACGGUAAUUGAAUUUGCUGUUUCACACAGAAAAUAUAACAAUGAUUUUGUUAUGACCAAAAAGUGGAAACAUCCACUUUUAUGAAAUUAAAACGUCAAGCUUGACAGUGUCUGAAAAAUUAUCAGAAUGAUGGCUGUAGUUAUGCACGUCCAAAUAAACAACAAAAUACAGUAACACAAAUUUUUAAAAUAGUGUAAAUUUGAGAAUUUUAAGUUAAGUGUAUUUUCCAUUCAUGAGCACAAAAAUGAAAUCACAAAAAUCAACUAUAUUUGCAAUUUAUCUAUCAAGAUAUAUAUAUAUGUAUAUAUAUAUAUCAUUGCAAAUAUGAAUAUGGGAUGGAAUUUUUUUUUUUUUUUUCUUGUCAUUCCAACAAAAAAACGACCCCUGUUGGCUGUGGAGUUGGUGGACCGGCUGCUGCUGCAGCUCCGCUGUUUGCAGUCCGGCAGCUCGCUCAGCUUGGAUAAAGCACUAUGUCACUUCUGUAAAGCACGACAGCGCUCAGCUGCACCCCCUCUUGUUGACCAUGUGUCACUGCCUGUAGGCGGGAGGACUCGUGGGAAUGGUCGUGCAGUGCCAGUGAACAUGCCGAUUGUUCCUUGCAGUUGUCCCUGGGUUUCCUGUACGUGAAGUUAUACUUUGUCAUGAAGAUUAUCAAUGUGAGGGUUUAUUUUUUGGUCCUUUUUUAUUAUUUGAAACUAAUUCAUGUAAACUGCACUGUGUUGUCACGGCCAGUGUGUCCUAUAGAGAAUUAAAGUGAAACUGACUUGAACUGCA